AUGGUGGACACCGAUUACAAGAAGGCACGAAAAUUUGAAGGCGGUUUGAACUUGGAAGUGUUUGACCGCGUUGGCGUCUUGAAAUUACCGACACAUGUAGAAGUUUUUGAUAGAGCAUUGAUGGCAGAAGGCAUUUUGGCAACUAAGAGACAAGCUCUAGCUCCAACAACUGAGUGGAAAGGUAAACAGUCCAAAUUCAACUUCAAGAAGGGCCGAUCAUUUCCAAAAAGGCAGAAUACGGGAUCCUCUAGUAGCUCUAGCCAGACUAGUGGCUCUACUCCCAAUUGUCCCGAUUGUGGAAGGAAGCAUAAAGGCCUAUGUCACCGUGCCUCUGGUGCGUGUUUUCGGUGUGACAAGACUGGCCACAUGAUUUGGGAUUGUCCACUGAGGUUUGAGAAUGCUAACCGUCCUGCCGCAAGUUCAGGCGGAUUCGCUCCUACAACGAGGACCAAUGCAAGAACUAAUGUCAGGGGUAAUACCGAGAUUGAAAUGCUAAGGCAAGAGAGAGUAUUUGCAUUAGUGCCUAAAGAUAAAUUAACUAGCCCGUUAGAACCUAUGAGUUGUUUACUGUCUGCAUCUACACCAACUGGAGGUUCUAUGAUAUGUGCUUAUGUUUAUCCGACAUGUGAUGUUGUGAUUGAAGAUUCAACAUUGUAUGUUGAUUUAUUACCAUUGAGUAUUGAUCAUUUUGACUGCAUACUUGCUAUGGAUUGGUUAAUGAAAUAUUGUGCCAUCAUUGAUUGUGUGAAUAAAACCGUCAUAUUUAGACCACCUGGUUUGCUUGAGCUUGUUUUUACUGGAAAUGGGGUGGUUCCUCCGCCAUACUUGAUUUCAUUCAUGAAAGCUAAGAAAUUAUUAAGAAAAGGUGUCGAGGCUACUUAUGUUGUGUAA